UCAUUCAAAAACGUUUAAGUUUGUUUCGCUAAAAUAAAUAAAUAUAAAUUAUUUAGAAAAAAAAUCAAAAUUUAAAAAAAAUUUUUUAAUUUCAAUACGAGUCGAAAGCUACUUAAUGCCAUCACUAGAUAAAGUAGCGAGUGAAUCGUGUUGUCACAUCGGCGCCAAAGCAAUUUUAAGGAAGCGGGGUUGAUCGAAAUAGUAGUAAGAGAACGAGUGAAAGACAGAAAGAGAGAGAUACAAAAGUAAAAAAAAAUAUAAAAAUAAAAUUGACUCGAACUAAAAGAGAUCAGAGAAAAAGUAACAGUUGUGGUGUUCAUGUUUUGCCAACCAGUAGGAUGUUCUUCCGUUAUCUGUUUUCCACUUCCAAGUGUUUCUUCAAAUUUUAGAAAUAAUUGAUAUAAAGUUCAUUACUAAGAAAAUAAAACAAAAUAAUAAAUUCAAUUUUUUUCAUAACUUGAACUGAGUGAUAAACGAAUAAAAACAAUCGUACUUAUAUACAUAUAUUUUCUUAAAGUUGAAAAUACGUAUAAUUUAUAGUGAUAUUAAUGUCAUUAGUUGGACAAAUAAAAAUAAUCAGGAGUAUACGUUUUUUGAAAUUUAAGUUGCGUUGUAAUUCAAAAGAGGAUGUUAGUGUAUCGAACAAGUGACUAAGAACCAUAAUAAAUUCAUGUUUUUAACUUUAAACAAAAUUUUAUUAAUGGAGAUGUUAAUAUAUAUAAGUUCUAUAAAUAAAAAAAAUCGUAAGAAUAUUUUCUUAACAUUUAAAAUUAAACUUUAGUGAUAUUGCUAAAGUAUCGAUGUUUGUAUUGAAUUAUAAUUGUUCGAGUAUGAAGUAUGUAUCUACUGUCAAUUCUUCUGCAAAAAUUAUCAUAAAUGGGGAAGUUAUAUUUUCGCCAAAUAAAAUUUUGGAAAAUAGAGUUUUGAUUGAAUACAAUGAUGUGACAAUUAGAACUAUUAGAAGUAAAAACGAAGUGAAAAUGAUAGAUAAAGUCAUGGCACUUUGUUAUUCUUUGCAUAUGAAUAAAACGAAAACCGAUAGCAUCACUAUCAGAUUACACUUCUUAACAACAAUUCUAAUACUGAUGUUUUCAGCAAUUAUUAGCAGCAAACAAGUUGUAGGAAAUCCAAUAGAAUGUGUUCAUACCAGAGAUAUACCCGUUGAGGCUUUCAAUUCAUAUUGCUGGAUACACAGUACAUAUUUUGUGACUAGAGCUAUGCUGGGUAUCAAUGGCAUAGACAUUGUGGCACCUGGAGUUGCGCCUUCUUAUGGAAAUCAUUAUGAUCAAGGAGACGAUAUAUUUUCCAAUAAGAAAACAAUAAAAAAUGUAAAAUAUUACCAGUGGGUCGCCUUCGUCUUAAUAUUACAAGAGUCGGAAAACGGGAAGUGAGCUGAUUGACGUGUAGGUGUUUCCGACCGUUUCGGUUUGAGCACAAUGCGAAAUUGAUUAUUUUGUUUUUCACGAUACACACUGCCUUUGAACCCCUUUUCUACGUUGGAUCUGUGACAAGAACUCUCGAAAAUGGAGAAAUGUAUACUUUGUUCAAAUAUUGUUAUUUUCUUCAACCUAAAUGUUGUUUCAAAUGUGUUUAAUUCUUUUUAAAAUUAAAUAUCGUUAAUUAUUAAAUAUUAUAUACACAUAUAUAUAUUUAAUAUUUC